AUGAGACAGCAGAGAUGGAUGGAAUCAAUAGCCGACUUUGAUGUGGAGAUCUCCUAUCAUCCGGGUAAGGCAAACCUUGUUGCUGAUGCCUUGAGCCGGAAAAGAGUGGCUGUUGAUUCGGCCAAGGAUAUGGGAGGGUUGGUUGAGAUGGUCGGUUCCUUGCGUUUGGCUGCGCUGACUGAUGAGGUGGAACCGUUGGGACUUGGUGCAGCGGAUCAAGCCGACUUGUUGACUAGAGUGCGGUUAGCUCAGGAACUGGAUGAGAAUCUGAUUAAGGCAUCAAAGAAUGAGGACACAGAGUAUAAGACUUCAAAGAACGGGACCAUAGUGGCGAAUGGUCGAGUGUGUGUACCGAAUGAUAAGGAAUUGCGGGAAGAAAUCCUUAAGGAAGCUCACCAUUCAAAGUUUUCGAUUCAUCCAGGGUCGACUAAGAUGUACCGCGACCUUAAACGGUAUUAUCAUUGGGUCGGGAUGAAGCGGGAUGUGGCUAAGUGGAUAGCCGGGUGUCAGACUUGUCAAAUGGUGAAGUCAGAACAUCAGGUGCCGGGCGGUUUACUACAGAGUUUACCAAUCCCAUAA